GUAGCAGUAUAGUGAGACGUGUGUCUGCAGCUAUGGCAAAGUGCCGCAUGGAUUGCAUAGAGAGACACCUGUCUAUCUGGUUUGAGAGGAUAGGGUUUUUUAUUGGAUCUCAUCCCUGGUGGUACCUCAUCACCCCUCUUUUUCUCUCAGCACUUCUGGGAAGCGGGUUUUAUUUUUUACCGUGCAGGAUGUCCAACAACAUCGAAGAAGAGUUCACACCUGUUAACGGACAAGCCAAGAAGGAGAGGAAGUACAUCCAAGAAACCUUUCCAGUGAACGAGUCCACGUUUUCAAGGUUGAGGCUGAGCACAGAUGGAAAUUAUGCAACUCUCAUAGCCACAAGUGACAGGAAUAUCCUGACAGUCGAGUCACUUCAGGUGAUUCUUCACUUGGACCUAAAAAUCCGGCAUAUGGUUGUAGAGUUUGGUAACCAGUCCUUUACGUAUGCGGAUAUCUGUGCUGAAGUGAUGGGAUCCUGUGUGUCUAAUGAUAUUCUCGAUCUUAUUCAAUACAAUGCCAGCAACAUAGGUGCUCUCAGAUUGACAUUUCCAUGGUAUGACUCAGAUUCUAAGAGAGUUCCUCUAUAUUUAAGUCUGGGCAGUGUGAAAGUAAACGAGGAGAGCUCAGUUGUUGAAAGCGCUCACGCCAUUCAGCUCUACUACUAUUUACAAGAGGGAAAUAAACCAAAAACAGACCUUUGGUUGGAAAAGUUCAUCGAUAUGGUCUCAAAUGCAUCUUCAGCACACAUUCAGGUGUCAUACUCCACCUCUAUGUCACUUCAGUGGGAAUUUGAGGAAACACCAAGUUCUGUAAUCUCUUUAUUCUCCAUCACAUACGCCAUCGCCAUCACAUUUUCAAUUGCAUCGUGUUGGAGGUUGGAUAAUGUGCGGACAAAGGUGUGGGUGGCGUGGUUUGGAGUCUUUUCCACUGGUCUAUCCAUCCUGAGUGGGUUUGGAGCUUUGUUGCUGCUGGGUCAACCCUUUGUUAUGCCAGCUGCCUCCUGCCCUUUCCUGAUAUUAGGUAUUGGGAUUGAUGAUAUGUUCAUCAUGAUAUCCAGUUGGCAGAGGACCUGUGUCAUGGACAGCGUCCCCACCCGGCUGGCUCACACCUACAAAGACGCUGCCAUGUCCAUCACCAUCACCUCGCUGACUGAUGCACUGGCUUUCUUCCUGGGCUUCAUCUCACCGUUUGGUUCAGUCCAGUCCUUCUGUAUGUACGCGGGGAUUUGUGUUUGCUUCUGUUAUUUGUACAACAUCACUUUCCUGGGGGCCUGUAUGGCUUUGAAUGGGCACAGGGAAGAAGGGAAUAGGCACUGGUUCACCUGUGCCGUCGUCCCGGUCUCGCCCGCUGAGAAUUCCAACGCUUGCAGCAUCUGCUGUGUCGGAGGGAAAUAUGAUAACGUCACCGAAAAGGAGGAGACUGAGUUCAUAAGUCACGUGUUUGAGAAGUUCUACGGCCCAUUUCUGACCCACAAGCUCAUUAAAGUGCUUGUGCUUGUCAUAUAUUUGGGUUAUUUAGCUGCAGGCAUCUAUGGUUGUUUGAUCUUAGAGGAAGGACUCGAUAUCAGGAAUCUGGCUUUAGAUGACUCCUACUUGGUCGCUUAUUACGAUGAUCAGAGGCAGCACUUUUCUGGGUACAGCGUCAAUGUGAUGGUGGCAGUGACUCAAACGAUCGAAUACUGGAACAGGACAGAGCAGGAGAGUUUGCAGUCGUGCAUUUUGAAUUUCCAAAGUUUGAGCUAUGUCAACAGUACGGUCGCCUGGUUUCUGUCCUUCCAACAGUAUGCAGACGCCAACGCAUUUGACAUAAGCUCUGAAGAGGCUUUCCAAACCCAUCUGUCACAAUUCUUACAACACGCCCCGAUGUUCAGACAGGACAUCAACUUUACCGCAGACAACGAGAUUCGGGCGUCUCGCUUUUUCAUUCAGACACUAGACAAUGUGACAGAGAAGGAGAUGAUGACUGGUAUCAGGAAAACAGCGGAGGAGUGUCCAAUCAAGCUGCUGGUCUACCAUCCUGCUUUCAUCUACUUUGACCAGUACACGGUCAUUGUGGAGAACACCAUUCAAACCGUCCUGGUGGCUGUGUGCGUGAUGCUCGUCGUCGCACUCCUCCUGAUACCCAGUCUCCUGUGCUCUCUCUGGGUGGCCUUUGCGGUGUUGUCGGUGAUUGUUGGCGUGAGUGGAUUCAUGGCACUGUGGGGCGUCAACCUGGACAGCAUUUCCAUGAUCAACCUCGUCAUGAGCAUUGGUUUCUCUGUGGAUUUCUCAGCCCACAUUUCGUACUCCUUUGUCUCCAGUCCCAAGCGGGAUCCAAAUCAGAAAGCAAUCGACGCCUUGGCCCAUUUAGGGUAUCCUGUCCUUCAGGGAGCAGUGUCCACUAUUUUAGGCGUGGUGGUGCUGUCCGUGUCUGGGAGUUACAUCUUCAGGACGUUCUUCAAGGUUGUGUUUCUUGUGAUUACAUUUGGGCUGGUGCACGGCUUGGUGUUCAUCCCAGUGUUUCUGACACUGUUGAGGUGUUGUUAAAGCCCACAUAGACCGGAAGCUCCAA